AUGGUAGAAGAAGAAAAAAAAGAUGGUAAUGGUAAUGAUGAAAAUGAGGAUGAUGAUGACAAAGAUGAUGGUGAUGAUAAUGAUGAAAGUGAGAAUGAUGAUGAUAAAGGUGAUGAUGAAAGUAGUAAUGAUGAUGGCAAAGGUGACAGUAAAAGAGAUGAUAAUGAUAUUGAUGGUGAUAACAAUAAUGAUGAUGGUGAUGAUGCUGAUAAUAAUGACGAUGGUGAUGAUGCUGAUAAUAAUGACGAUGGUGAUGGUGAUGAUGGUAAUGAUAAUGGUAAUGAUGGUGAUAAUAGUGAUGAUGUUGAUAAUGGUAAUGAUGGUGAUGGUAAUAAUGAUGCUGAUAAUGGUAAUGAUGGUAAUGAUGACAAUGGUGCUGAUAAUGGUAAUGAUAGUGAUAGUGGUAAUGGUGCUGAUAAGGAUAAUGAUAGUGAUGAUGAUG